CAUGAAAAACCCUCAUAAAACCAAUAAGUCAUAGUGCAUUCGAAAGUACAGAUGAUGGGCUAUCUAACUAUGUAUAAAUCUCCAAAAUGAUAUUUUUGACGAAAAUUGCUUUUUUUGACCCGGGGGGCCCUUAAUUUAUGACGUACAAAUCUCAACAAGAGAAUAUGGAUCCGAAACUCAAGUAAAAAAAUCGUGAGUUUUUACUUCAUCAGAUAUGCUGCUGUUGACGAUUCACGCUAGUAUCUAUACUUACAUGACUUCUUCCUCUUAUGUUUCUUUCAACUUUCGUGGAUACUAAGUAAACAUGCUACAUAUAGGACAAAACUAAUACAUAUAUUACGAUACUGAUCGCGAAACACUAAAGAAGGAAAGGAGUAAAAGAGUAAAGAAGAAAAAAAGGAGUUAAGUAGGAAGUACGACAGUAAAGAAUUUUGAACUGCUCCCUUAGUGAAACAUGUUUAUUUUCUGUACUCUUUUAUUUUACAGUUAAGGAUAAGAGCGAAAGAUCAGAUUUAGAAGAGCAUGGUCUCGUGGCCCAACGGCUAAGGCGCCCGCCUACGGAGCGGGAGAUUCCAGGUUCGAUCCCUGGCGAGAUCGUUUACUUUUUGAUGUCUGCUUUUUUGUGUCGAUUUUGGUGGGCCUGGAUACAGUUAAAUAAAUUUGGUAAUACCGAUUUAUCAAUGAAAAUUAAUAAGCAGAAAUAUCUUAUUACAAAAGCUAUAUAUUUUUCCAUUGAACUAAAUAUUCACUGUUUAACAUUUAUUGUAUUACUUGUCUUAAAUCAACAACUUCCACGACAUGCUUUACAUAUUUAUCUAUUUAGUUCGCAAAGCUGUGAAUCCAUAUCUAGAGACGCACGAGCUGUUACUGGUACAUUUUUAUCCAUCACAAAUUUUAGUGUUAAACAGUUUAUAAAAAAAGCAGAAAAAAUAUCUAUUUUAAAUAGUAUAAAAUCUCAAGAAGAAGUGAGUGGCGAUAACAAUGAUUAUUCUGUUAAAUUCCCUAUCCAUCACAAAAAUAGGAGCUUCGAUCAAUUAAAUUCGUCUAAAUGUAGUGAUGAUGAUAUUAAUGAGUUAACAAUAGAAAAAAUCGAAAUAAUAAUAUUUAAUGCAUAUAAUGAUACGAAACUAUUAAUUAAUAAACUUAAAAUGUCAAAAAUAUAAAUGAAUUAAGUUUAUAUGUAAAUGAAUAUUUUGCAAAUAAUUCAAGAAGAACAGAUUAUUCAAAUAUUGAUACUGAGGAGGAAGAAUCUGAAGAUGAAGAAGAUGGUAAAAAUGAUAGUGGCAACGAUAGAAGUAGCACUGAAUCAUUUUCAGAUGAAAACAAAGAAACUGACGAUGAAAGUGAUCAUUUGAUGAAAACAAUAACAGCCAAAGAAGAGUUUAGCGAAAUAAUAAAAAAGGUUCAGUAUCAUGGCGCUGUAUCAACAAGGAGUGUAGCGCUGCAUCAACAAGGAGUACCGUAUGAGCCUUGUGCACUGUUAUACGCACAACUAGAUCCGCACUUUCUUAUCGAUGUGCAUCAAAAACUUGUUGAAGCAGUUGACAAUUCAGACGAAUCAAUUGUAUUACAGUCAAAAAUUAAAGCUGAAACCACAAAACGAUUGACCCAAGUAGAAGAUUACACUCGUGAUGAAGACUUUCUCGCGCGUGAUGCGCUCGAGGAUGUACAUGACGUACCAGAAUACCAAACAACAGCAAAUGAACAUGACUACGCUCCCGAUGAGCCGAAGAGUGGUUUAAUUAUUUUGGGAAAAUUAAAAUGUCAGUACAUUUAUUGUCAAACGUUAGAACGAACGGUGGCUAUUGUUACGUAUGAAAAUCAUGAUUCAUUGGAUAAAAUUAUCACUUCUGAUCCACCUCUCGAUCCACUAUUCAUUGAACAUGUCGAAAAAUUAGAAGAAAAUGAUGAACAAGCUGGUGAUCCACCAAAAAAGAAUUGA